CUUCACCAGUCGUUUUCUCAAUUCUCCAUACCCAUCAUGCCUGUGGAAGCAUACAUCGGUUUCUGUGGUGUUUUUCAGAGUAACCACACGUCCAUGUCUUCGCCUGAUGGGCUAAACAAAAGCUAUUUCCUGCCAAAACCAGCCCGUCUGACGCACACGAUGAGUAUUGCGGUAGGGCAGAAACUGGAGAUGGAGCAGCCUGAAGGGACUGGGAUCACUGAGAACUUGGAGGCAGUGCAUCCAGGAUGCGAGACUCGAGGGUAUAUCGGAUAUGGAUAGGUCGAGGAGUGGAUGCACGGGUGGUACUUACCUUCACCACAGUAGGUAUGUUGUGUGGUGAAAAAGUGCACAAUUGCACCGCAAACAUGUCCGCCCCCCAGACCACCACUACCACCACCACCAUCACCACCAACGACGCCGCCGACACCGACGCCGAAAGCAUCGCCAUGUCAAUCUCCGACGGCGAGUCCGACGCUGGCGAGCACAAACGCUACCAAUGCUGCGUGUGCGAGCUGCACAACAAGAUCUUCGUGGCCUUCGACAAGGAGGGAGGUGAGGCGUGCCCACUUUGUGGCCACGCCGGGUGCGACGAGUGGUGUGGAGUGUACGUGCGGGCGACGAACGAGAUCCUGGGUUCAGAAUAGCACGAGCACGAGAAGCCUCUGACAGGGGGAAGAAA